UCGUCUAGGCAGUAAAAGUUUGACAUUUGCUCAGAUAGAGGUUAGAAUGGUUUUUGCAAUGGCAGAAGCGUGGGUCUGUCCUACUGUGUUGCUGUGUUUUUACGGUUUUUUCUCCAAUGUGAGACCGUCAGAGCCUUUCUUGACUCCGUACCUGCUUGGGCCCGAUAAAAACCUCAGUCGUACGCAGGUGUUUAAUGAAAUCUAUCCAGUAUGGACUUACUCCUACCUUGCACUACUGUUUCCUGUAUUUCUGGCCACAGACUAUCUACGUUACAAACCUGUCAUCAUUUUGCAGGGAGCUGCCUUCAUUAUAACCUACAUAAUGCUUUUGUGUGCACAGGGAGUGUUGGCUAUACAGUUUUUGGAGUUUUCUUACGGAGUUGCCACAGCAGCUGAGGUUGCAUACUUUUCCUAUAUAUACAGUGUAGUGGAAACUGUCCAGUAUAAGAAAGUGACAGCUUAUUGUCGUAGUGUCACACUGGUGGCGUAUACUGUUGGCUCCAUCUCUGGCCAAGUUCUUGUGUCUGUAUUCAAAGUGCAUUUGUAUUAUCUUAAUGUGUUUACUUUAGUAUCUGUGUCAUUGGCUUUUAUCAGCUCAUGGUUUCUUCCAAUGGCAAAAAAGAGCUUAUUUUUUCACCCAAGGCUGGAACAUUCAAAUAACCAUAGUUCUGAGAAGACUACAUGUUUAAACAGCAAAGAAUGUUUGGAACAAGUACCUCAGGCAGAGGAUGUAGAAUCAAAGCUGCCACUAAAUGACCGCUGCCGUCAGUCUUCACGUCUGGAUGCGAAGGACAUUAAUAGAAAAUCUGAGCUGCUUGGAGUCCUGAGAAUGCUAUGGUUGGACUUUCUUGAUUGCUACUCCUCUUGGCCUCUGGUACGGUGGUCUUUGUGGUGGGCAUUGUCCACCUGUGGGUAUUUUCAGGUGGUUAAUUAUAUCCAAGGACUGUGGGAAGUGGUCCUGCCAUCAUCACAGAACUCGACAAUCUACAAUGGUAGUGUGGAGGCUGUUUCCACACUGUUAGGUGCUGCUGUUGCAUUUGCCAUUGGAUUUGUGAAGGUGUCGUGGGAUGUUUGGGGUGAACUGGCUUUGUGUACUUCCUCUGUGCUAAUAGCUGCAUCUGUCUACAUCAUGGAUUCUGUCAGGAACAUCUGGGUGUGUUAUGCUUCCUAUGUUGCUUUUAGAAGCAUUUAUAUGCUUCUCAUAACAAUUGCAACGUAUCAGAUUGCUGUGAAUUUAAGCAUGGAGAGGUAUGCAUUAGUUUUUGGUGUGAACACCUUUGUUGCCCUGGCUUUGCAAACGGUACUCACAAUAGUGGUUGUUGACAACAGUGGACUGGGACUGGAUAUUUUCACUCAGUUUCUUAUAUAUGCAGUCUAUUUUUGUGUGAUUGCACUUAUAUUUCUGGGAACUACAGUGUACAGAUUUGUGAAAAAACGGAGAAUUUGUCACCUGCACUCAGUUAAACAAUAAAUUUGAACUGGAAACUGCAGAAGAGUGGAGAUAUAAAGAGAAGAUGAACUGUAGUACUAAAACUAGCAAUAUAGCAUUAGAGUGAACAAACAGCUCUUAGAAGGUGACUGCUGUUUUUUUUUUUUUGUUUGGUUUUUUUUUUUCCAUGUCACAAAUGAUUCUUUAUUUUUGAAAUUUGAAGUUUAUUUUUUAAACACAUUCCUGGAGUGAUUCCAACAGUACAUUCUUUACCACAGAUUACUUAGUUUGAAUUUAGUCUACGUAUUGUUCUUGGUAGAGCACAGAGUUCUCCUACCAGUACUACUAGGAUUCUGCACAAGUCAGCAGUUAAUAUUGCAUUGUGGUUUACGUUUUUUGUGAUUUCCUGCUGCUAAAUGAAUGUAUGAUAAGGUAAACUGAUUUAAGCUGAUCUGAAAUUAUUUGGAAGGUGUAGUCGUACAGAAUUCAUAUUGGGCAAUAUAACUAAGCUGUGGAAAGUUCUCUAACUUAUUUUGCACUGACCUUUAGCCUUAAAUUAGAAUGUUACCAUUUUGAUUCCAGUUAACGGUUUGUUGCUAGAGAAAAAAACAAAACAAAUAUAUUAGUUUUUUUGUGGUAGCUAAAUACAGGUAAAAUGUCAGCUUCUGUAUUCUGUUACUUAAUGUGUGUAGUUUACACUUCAAUGGCACUUAAGUAUAAUUGCACAUAGUGUAAUGUGUAGCUUUAAAUUUGAUUUAAUAGCUGCAUAUUCUCUAAAAGCUGCGGUGGGUUGGCACCCUGCCCGGGAUUGGUCCCUGCCUUGUGCCCUGUGUUGGCUGGGAUUGGCUCUAGCGGACCCCCGUGACCCUGUGUUCGGAUUCAACGGGUUGGAAAAUGGAUGGAUGGAUGAAUAUUCUCUAAAAGAAACUGGCAGCAAUGUUGCACAGAAAGGCUUUCUGACCAUAUUUAUCUAUGUAUAAGAAGAACUUUCUAAGAAUCUUUUUUCCUUAAAAAGAUGAUAAAAUUACUGAUUAACGGUAUUCAAAUAAUAUUACAAUAAACUUCAGGUACGGAGUCAUUUCUGACUUAGUUCAUUGCUCUUUAGUGUUGAUAAUUAACUUUAUUUUUUGCUACUAGUUUUAAAUGUUUUAACAUUCAGGAUCUAGUGUGAUCUUUACUUGAUGUCUGUAUUUCAGCAUUGAUCUGUUUGAUGAUCAUAUAUAUAUAGAUAUAUAUAUAUAUAUAUAUAUAUAUAUCUAAGUCCCUCUUCACGUGUGAGUGAAUAAACGCUUCCUUGUGAUUCACUGAAUCAAUAUGCAACUCCUGCUUUUUUUUUUUUCUUUCUUUCUUUAAAUAUGACUGACUCUCUUUAUUAACCCUCGAAUUCUAUGAGGAAGCAAACAAUAAAAGCAUUUGAGGUAUAUAUCUUGAUAAGGUUCCACAUGUGGAAGCUAGUGAUAAAACUACAUGAUGUGGCACGACAGCCCAUGCUAAAAGUUACCACACCUUAUCAAAUAUCUGGAAUACAUUUCACCAUUUAAGAUGCACUGUGAACAUGGGGGCAAAAUUGGCUUUAAUGAAAAUAACAAAGGAUUAUGGUGAAAGAAAUUUUUUUUUUUUUUUUAACAUAGUGAUGUUAAAGUUGUGUUCCUCUGGGAUUAGUGUUGUAACCAAUAUUGGGGAAAGUUGCUUUUACAAGUGACUUUGUUAAAUUCCAAGUUAUUAAACAAAAAAUGUUAUGUAGCUACUUGUUAUCAAGUGUGUUUAUAAACCGUGUGUUACUUUUUGUUACUUUUUCAUUUGUGAUGUUACUGGCCAGCAUUUGUUAUUAAACCCAGUGACAGAAGUAGGUGUGCAGCAAGUACCAGCUUUAUUUCGUUUUCCAUAUUUGCAUAUCUAUAGUAAAUAAUUGUGUACUGGCACCUUCAAGUAGGACAUCAAACAACCCAUAAAUCCUGACAAAUCCAGAAUUAAAUGUAUACUAAUUAAACCUUUGUUCAAAUCUUCCCUAGUAAUGUAUUAAUGCGCAUAUGCAUAACACCAAUUCCAAAAAUGUUUGGAUGCUGUGUAAAAUGUAAAUAAAAACAAUACAAUUUGUAAAUUUCAUAAAUGCAUACUUUAUUCACAAUAGAACAUAGAAAAUGUGUCAAACAUUUAAACUGACAAAAUGUACCAUUUUAAGAAAAGAAUAAGGUCGUUUUGAAUUUGAUGGCAGGAACGCGUCUCAAAAAGGUUGGGAGAGGGCCAUGUUUACCACUGUGUAGCAUCCCCUCUUGUUUUAACAAUGGUCCAUAAACAUCAGGGAACUGAGGAGACCAGUUUCUGGACGUUUGGGAGAGAAAUGUUGUCCCAUUCUUGUCUGAAAUAGGAUUCUAGCUGCUCAACACUCCUGGGUCUUAUUUGUCAUAUUUUUCAUUUUGUUAUGCGGUAAAUGUUUCAUUUGGUGAAAGCUGUGGACUGCAGGCCGGUCAGGUCAGCACCCAGACUCUUAUACUAUGAAGCCAUGCUGUUGUGACAGAUGCAGUGUGUGGUUUAGCAUUGUCUUGCUGAAAUAUGCAAGGCCUUCCCUGAAAAAGAUGAUGUCUGGAGGGGAGCAUAGAUUGCUCGCUCCAAAACCUGUAUAUACCUUUCGACAUUUCCAGAUGUGCAAGCUGCCAAUUCCAUAGCCACUAAUGCCCCCCCAAACCAUCAGAGAACUGAGUGCUGAUAACAUGCUGGACGGUCCUUCCCUCUUGUCUGGAGGAUGUGGUGUUCAUGUUUUCCAAAAAGAAUUUCAAUUUGUCUGACCACUAAACAGUUUUCCAUUUUUCCUCAGUCCAUUUUAAAUGAGCUUUAGCCCAGAGAGGGCUUCUUCUUUGCAUGAUAGAGCUUUAAGCUGCAUUUAUGGGUGGCACAGCAAAUUGUGUUUAUUGACGAUUACUUUUGGAAGUGUUCUUGAGCUCAUGCAGUGAUUUCCAUGACAGAGUCAGGCCUGUUUUUAAUGCAGUGCCAUCUGAGGGCCCAAAGAUCACAGCCAUCCAAUACUAAUUUUCAGUCUUGUCCCUUGGGCACAGAAAUUUCACCAGUUUCUCAGAAUGUUUUCAUUAUAUUUUUUGUAAUGUAGAUGAUGAGAUAUUUAACGUUUUGUGAAUAAAAUAUGGGUUUAUGAGAUUUGCAGAUCAUUGCAUUCUUUUUAUUUACAUUUUACACAGCAUAUAUAUAUAUAUAAAUAAUAUGGUUUUCUUUAAUGUAGGCAUUUUUACUUCAAUAAAAUAAGUACUGUGGUGUUACUUAUUACUUUAAAAGGUAAUCUGAAUAUUUUUGUGUUACUUUUAACACAUUUUCAAACAACAUUUGCAAUCACUAGUCUUUUAUUGUGUAUAAAUGUCUUUAAUUACAUAUGUAUACCAAAAUGAAAAGCACUUAGGAGUCAUAGUGAACUCAUCACUGUGGACCCAAUCAGUACUGUACACUGUCUGGAUAAGAAGCUUCUAGGGAGGUUAUUCUCAAGUGUAAGUAAAAAUGUACAGUUAGC